AGCGUCGACCGGUUUUGUGUGGACGUAACUCGUUUUCUAAACCUUGUUAAUCAUACUGUAGACUGUAGAGCGCGAAACAACACGCGCCGCCAGUACGGUAAAAAACACUGUACUGUCGUGGCAUGAAUUCUUAAUCAAUUCCCGAUGUGACUCGUAGUAUAAAAUAUAAUAUGACACAAUUAGUUAAUUAAUUUUUUGUGGGUGAUUAACCGAUCAAUUUCCUUCAAAAUCAAGUCACCGUCAGCUACGACUUACCGUCAACUCGAUAAACGACACAAAGCUUCAGAGAUGUUUAUUAACUGCAACAAGAGAAAGGCGUGUAGCACGGCGGUGGGCUUUUUCGGUAUCGCAUUUGUCAUCAUUUUCUUACUCAUACCUGCUAUUUGGCGUUAUUCACCUUCAAUUCAAAAGAGUAUGAUAUUCCUGAAUCAUGACUUUAUGCCUGACAUACAGAAUUAUAGUCAUCCGGAAGCUUACGGCUUGGAUGGAACGAGAAAUUUUUACAUUGAUACAAAGGACAAUGUAACGUUAGGAGUGUGGCAUAUAUUACCGCGUAAUUUGUUCACAAAAUACGGAGCAAACGAAUCCAAUUACGAACAACUCUUGGGCCAUGGGGAACCGAUUAUCAUAUACAUGCAUGGCAACUCUGGUGCCCGCCCGAACAAUCAACGGAUAGAAUUGUAUCGCAAACUCCGGGAUAUCAACUGUCACGUUAUAGCCGUAGACUACAGAAGUUAUGCCGAUUCUACAGACGUCGAAAUCGACGAGACCGGCUUAGUAUCGGAUGCGAUGGAGACAUUUAAAUGGGUUUACAAACGCGCGCACGGAACGCCGAUCUUUGGCUGGGGACACUCUCUGGGCACUGGGAUUGGAGCACAUGCGUUUUCGUUAUUGGAAAAAGAAAACAUCUAUCCCAAUGGACUUAUUUUAGAAGCACCGUUCAAUAAAAUGAGUGAAGCAAUUAGAGAAUAUUCAACUACUACGGUUCUUCGAUAUUUCCCUUGGUUUGAUUUUUUCAUUAUUGACCCAGUCAUUGCAAAUGGAAUUGUUUUUGAUACCGAACAAAACUUGAAAAAUGCGAAAGUUCCUGUGCUAAUAUUACAUGCUCGAGAUGAUAUAAUAAUACCGUACCAGCUCAGUGAAAACUUGUAUAAUUACAUAACGGCCAGUCGGAAGAGUGAACUGACUGAACUUGUUUUAUAUGACGCCGAGUUCGGGUUUGGCCAUCAGUUUAUUUGUCGGGAUAAGGAAAUUGAAAAAAAGAUUCAGAAAUUUAUACAGAAUUGUCUAAAAAUAACAUCUUGAUCGGCGAAAAUACAAUAUAAGCUCGUCAAAAUUGCUAAGUGUCACGUAUACAUAGUUAUUACAACAUAAUAUACAAAAUAUUAUAUGUACACUGUAAUACAAACGUCUCAGUUUUGUAUCGGAUUAUUGAGAUUAUGAGAUUAUUUAUUAUCUUUUUUGUAAAUUGUAUCGUUGUUAAAUAUUCUUUAUUGUAAGACAUUUCAACAACGUAUUUUUAUAAGAACUCAAUUUUAACUAUUAUCAUAUUUAUAAUAAUAUGUUAUGCUCAUUGUGGCCAAUAGUUAUAAUAUCAUAGUUGUUUUGUUCUUAAAAAUAUAUCUCGUUGAAUACAUUAAUUAUAAGUGAAUGCUUAAGAAAAUGGGGAAAAAAUGUUCGAAUUGUGUAUUUGAAUUUAUCCCCAGUGUUAUAUUAAUGUAACAAAAAUUACACCAACACUUUGUACUACCUACUCUUGGAAAUCAGAUCAGGAUAUAAUACAAUAACAGUUAUUAUUAUUA